AAUAUCAAAGUGAUUCUAACAGUUUAAAUCUUCUAAUUCAGCAUUUCAGUUCUAUUGCAGCAAAUUAAGUUUUUUAUAAAACAAAUAAAAUAAUUAAAUUAAAAUGUUGCAAAUGCGUUUUGUAUUGUGUUUUUUGCUGGUGGCCAUUGUUGCCGUUUCGGCCAUUACCGUAAAACCUUUUAAGGAACAACAACAAUCGCUUUUGGAUGUCGAUGAUCUUGGCCAUGGUCAUGAAAAUGUUGGUGAUCGUUUAGCUCGCGCUUAUGGACGUCGUGGUGGAUAUGGACGUGGUGGCGGUUAUAGACGUGGUGGUCACUAUGGAUAAAGAUUUUAGAUUAUUUUUUUUUUGUUUUUAAUUUGCGUCAAAAAAUAUUAUUGUUGUUAAAAAAUA